UGUUACAUUCAAUUUGUUUUUCUUUUUCAGAGAUUAUUGCUGAAGCUGAGAAGCUCUCUAAAGAAAUUGGAAUUCAGGUCGAUACUAGAAACUUCUUGUUUGCCAGGGAACAGCUUAUCACAAUUGCAAAAGUUCCUGAUGAAAAUGGUCUUGUUGUGCUCACAGGUAUAAGCUCUUUCGAGUUGUUUUACAACAUAGCAGAGCUUUACACAGAAGCAAGGUUGCGUCAAGGAACGCGAAGCUUAUCCUUGAGUGAUGAUGAUGCUGUGCUUCUCACAUUCAUGAAGCUCUAUCAUGAUUUAACAUUUUCUCUGCUGGCAGUGUUGUUUAGUGUUCACCGUACAACUGCGUCUAACAUUUUCAAGGAUUCGAUUGUAAUUCUAGCAAGUAUUCUUGAGCAUGCAGUUUUCUGGCCAUCGAAGACUGCAGUUGUCAACUGUCUUACAAUGUAUUUCAAAGAAUACAAAGACACGAGGAUGGUGCUUGACUGCACUGAAAUAGAAAUUGAGCGCCCAAAAGACCGUGUGUCGAGGCUCCUCACGUACAGCCACUAUAAGCGCACAUACACUGCAAAGGUACUGGUGAGUGAGACACCAGGUGGCUUAAUCAGCUAUAUAAGUCCGGCGUAUGGCGGGAAAGCAUCUGACACAUACAUCACAAAGCAGUGCAGCAUUCUUGACAAGUGUAUUCCCCAUGUUGACAGUGUAAUGGUAGAUAAAGGCUUCCUGAUCGGUGAACUUUGCAAAGAAAAAAACAUAAAAAUGAUCAGACCUCCCUUCCUCAUGGAAAAACAGCUUACUACAGAGGAAGCUAGGAGAAAUCAGUCCAUAGCCAGUGCCCGAGUACAUGUGGAGAGGGCCAUUCAAAGGAUGAAACUGUACCGCAUUUUGAAAAAUCGUUUUGAUCUUGACCUUGUGCCAUACAUUGACUGCAUAUUCAAAGUAAUUGCUGGCACUGUGAACCUCUCAAAGCCGUUGUUCAGUAACAACAAGUUCCUUUUCAAAUGAUAACAUCUGCAUGUGUAUUUUAUCAGGUUAAGUCUCCACAAAGUAGUUCUACAGCGAUUACUAAAUUAGCUUUGUGAGCUUUUUCUUCGUAUUUCUGGGGUUUUACGUGUCAAAACCAGUUCUGAUUAUGAGGCGCGCCGUUGUGGAGGGCUCCGGAUGAAUUUUGACCACCUGGCGUUCUUUAACGUGCACUACAACGCAAGCACACGGGUGUUUUUGCAUUUCACCUCCAUCGAAUGAGCUGCCGCGGCCGGCAUUCGAUCCCGCGAACUCGUGCUCAGCAUUUGCGAGCUGCCAUACAAAGUGUGAUAUUUAAUAAAUGUGACUAACUAAUUGGUGUAAUAAUAAAAACAUUAUC